AUGUCCACCACCUCCUCCUCUUCCCCGCCGAAAAUGGCCAUCCUAGACGACUACCACUCCCUCGCCGCCCCCCACUUCUCCCACAUCCCCGCCUCCACCCUGUCCGUAACCCGCCUGGACCCCCUCCCCCCGCUCACUCCCUCCACCCUCCCGCAGUACACCAAAGCCCUGCACCCCUACACCAUCUUCUCCACCAUGCGCGAGCGCACCGCGCUCCCGCGCGCCCUGCUCGCCUCGCUCCCCAACCUGCGCCUCGUCCUGGGCACCGGCUCGCAGUUCGAGACCUUCGACCGCGCGGCCAUGGCAGAGCUCGGCAUCGCGCUCGUCGCGGCCCCCGCGCAGGGCCGCGUCGACGGGACGGGCAAGUGGCGCGGGCGCGGGCUGGUCGGGUCGGCGAAGAACGGCGGCGGGCACCCGACGACGCAGCACGCGUGGGCGCUGAUCCUGGCGCUGGCGCGGAACGUGGCGGGGGACGAUGCGGUGGUCAAGGGGAAGACGAGGGCGGGAGGGGUGGCGCAGGGCGGGUGGCAGACGACGCUCGCGACGGGGCUGCAGGGCCUUACGCUCGGGGUGGUUGGGCUGGGGCGGCUGGGCGCGGCGGUGGCGCGGGUUGGGGUGCUGGCGUUUGGGAUGCGGGUCGUGUGCUGGAGUGAGAAUUUGUCGCAGGACAAGGCGGAUGGGAUGGCGGUGGAGAUGGGGUUGCCAGUGGUGGGGGGUGGGUUGGCGGAGGAGGGGGAGAAGACGUUUAGGUUUGUGGGGAAGGAGGAGGUGUUUCAGAGGGCGGAUGUGGUAACGCUGCACUAUGUUCUCUCGGAGCGAUCAAGGGGACUCGUGGGGGAGAAGGAGUUGGCGGCGAUGAAGCCGAAUGCGUACUUUGUGAAUACGUCGAGGGGGCCGUUGGUGGAGGAGAAGGCGUUGUUUGAGACGUUGAUGGAGGGGAGGAUCAAGGGCGCGGCGUUGGAUGUGUUUGAUAUUGAGCCGUUGCCAGUGGAUAGCCCGUGGCGGACGGAGGACUGGGAUGAGCCGGGGAAGAGUAGGGUGCUGUUGACACCGCAUAUGGGUUAUGUAGAGGAGGGGACAAUAAACACGUGGUAUGAGGAGAGUGCGGAGAAUUUGGAGAGAUGGUUGGAUGGGAGGGAGCUACUGCAUAGGUUGGUAUGA